AUGAUGUUUGUGAUUGACAGAGGAGAGAUGUCCGUGUCAGGAGAACCGUGUGUCCGGACCGCUCCAGAACCUUUCCGGGUCACACCGGUUCAGACCACAGACCUGCUCUGCCCUGAUCUGGACCUGUCUGUCACUCUCACCCCUGAGCGACCCGCAGACAGACGCCGUCGACAGUUAACUCAUCCANCAUCGCAACGCAUCACAACACAUCACAACACAACACAUCACAACACAACACAACACAUCACAUCACAACACAUCACAACACAACGCAUCACAACACAUCACAACACAUCACAUCACAACACGCAACGCAACGCAACGCAUCGCAUCGCAACGCAUCGCAUCGCAUCGCAUCGCAACGCAUCGCAACACAACACAACACAACACAACACAACACAUCACAUCACAACACAACACAACACAUCACAACACAUCACAUCACAUCACAACACAUCACAUCACAUCACAACACAUCACAACACAACACACGUAACUCUCUGUUCUUUACUUCUUACAGCACUAAACUUCCCUCCCUCUCAGCACCUGUACCGGGCUUUAGUCAGCGUCAGCCUAUCACACGAGCAGCUCAUCAGCCAGGCGUUACGGGAUAGGCCAACACUUGCCACACCCACCAGCUCCCAAACCGCUAAGCUCUCCUCUCAGCCACUAGAGGCGCCAGGAUUACAGCCGUUCUACAAUCCUGACAAGCUGCUCAGAGAGACUCCACUGUUGCCAGGCGACCACAUCCCUUUACCCCGCCCACGUCCUGCUCCGAGACCCGCCCAGACCACCUUUCACCUACAUCAUCGAUACAAACUCUGGGAAUCAUGAACUUGCAUGUCUGUGUGUGUUGUG